AUCACCACUCAUCAGUCGGCUGUGAGAGAGUCAAGUCGUGCGUUCGGGAAGGACUGUCGCUCACUGGUUGUCGUGUAGUCACCGUUAUCCAAUGACUUCGAUGUAACUUCAAAGUUUUGCUGUUGUUAGAAAGUGCAACAUUAUUUCAAUUUCUUCUCUCAGGUGAUCAACUAUAAUAGAAUACAUCAUGCAGUUCUCAGUGGGCCUUUUUGUUCAGUACUUCAUCUUCAUUUUGAUUACGUGUGGCCAUGGCCUCCCUAGCAAUAAUGAGACCAACACCAACAACCCUACAGAAUCCACACCGAUAGAGCCUACCACAAUAGCUGCAACCACUACCACAACUUCAAAACCCACCACUGCGAAACAAGAGGAGACGACAACGCAACCACCAAAGACAACGCAACCCACGACGGUGCAGCCAACGACGACGCAACCCACGACAACGCCCACGACCUUCCCUCCGACGACAGGCGAGCCGACCACGAGGCCUCCAGCUAAGAUCCGUGCCAGGUUAGCCGAUGGCAUGCACCCGUGGGAGGGGAGAGUAGAAGUGUCCAUGCAUGGUGGAUCAUGGGGGACUGUCUGUGAUGAUGGUUUUAACAUGAAUGCUGCUAACGUUGUCUGCAAGAUGGUGGGAUAUAAGAAAGCCGUCCAGUACUUCUUUGGAAGCAGCCAAUUCGGACGCGGGCCAGGUCGUAUUUUACUAGACGAGGUAGAAUGCUUAGGCACAGAGAAGAACCUCUUAGCAUGUGAGCACAACCCAAUCGGAGUCACUGACUGUUCGCACUCUGAAGAUGUGGGAAUUAGAUGCAUUGACGUGGUUAGGAAAGUCACUCCCCCUGAAAAGAAGCUGAAGCAGUAUAAAUUUCGCCUGGUGGGAGACCCGACCCCUAAGCCUCAGUCCGAGGGCGUGGUCGAGGUGAUGAUGACGGGUAAAUGGCGGACGAUCUGUUCAGAUGGAUGGGACAUGGAAGACGCACGUGUUCUAUGCGGCAGUCUUGGAUUCAAAGAAGCUACCAGUGUUGAACCUAACAGGAAAAAUAAAUCCAGGCAACGAAAGAAGUCUAUAGUCGCAUCAAAUUUCGAAUGCACGGGCAACGAGCACAACGUGAGCGAUUGCGAACGAACUCUUCUGAAGUCACAUAAGGACUGUUUAUCCAAACGAGCAGCUGAAGCGAAAUGUGAACGGGGCCCUUUCGUCAUGGAUGCAGAUAAACCUUACUCGCCGCCUUGGUCUGAUGUCCGCUUGAAGGCCGGUGCUGCAUUUGGUGAGGGCCGUUUGGAAGUGUUUCAUGCUGGUCGUUGGGGGACGGUGUGCGGUGAGGACUUUGAUAAAGUUGCUGCUAGUGUAGUGUGUCGAAAACUUGGCUUUGGAACGGCAGAGACAGUACUGGAGAACGCCUCAGCAUUUGGUCAAGGUAUUGGGCCUAUCUGGCUGUGGGAGGUGGACUGCAAAGGAACAGAAGCCUCAAUCAUGGAAUGUGGUCAUGGAGCUUAUAACAGGAGUAAAUGCGACCAUUCGCAAGAUGUCGGAAUCAAGUGCAAUAUACCAGACCUUGGAGUCAAAGAAGAUAUUCGUCUUGUACAAGGUCGUUUCGACACGGAAGGGAGGGUUCUAAUAAAUUACGAGGGCCAAUGGGGUCACCCGUGCGGAGGAGACUCAUGGGAUAUGUUUGAUGCCAAGGUAGCAUGUAGACAGCUAGGCUUGGGAUAUGCUCAUCAACCUAUGAGGAGUACUCGUUUCAUGGGCCGAUCGGGUUAUCCUAUCCUCAUGCUGGAUGUGAACUGUACGGGAAAUGAGCGAACACUUUCUGAAUGCCCACACGUGAGGGGUGAUAAUGGAACCUGCAUGGCUGACUAUAAAGCUGGAAUUCUGUGUGCAGGAGUUCUUCCCGACGUACUUAUGGAUGUUCAUGUACUUCAGUCAUCCAUCUACAUGCAAGAUUGGCCAAUGUAUAUGCUGCAAUGUGCUGCUGAGGAGAACUGUCUUUCAUCUGAAAGUCAUGUUCGAGGAGCUCGUCGUCUGCUAAGGUUUGCUAGUGCUAUCAUGAAUAGAGGUACUGAGGAGUUUCGUCCUGUGCUAGGAAGAUCAAGCUGGGAAUGGCAUGCGUGUCAUAGGCAUUAUCAUAGUAUGGACGUUUUCUCCACUUACGAUUUGCUUGACGCCGAUGGUGUGCGCGUGGCCGAGGGACACAAAGCGAGUUUCUGCCUUGAAGACGUCUAUUGCGACAGCGGUGCGCAGAAGGUUUACAGCUGUGACGCGGGCACACAAGGAAUAUCAGUCAACUGCGUCGAUAUAUAUCGUAAUGAUAUCGACUGUCAGUGGAUCGAUGUCACCGGGGUUCCCCAAGGAUCGUAUGUACUACGGGUCGAUGUAAAUCCAAAUCAUAUCGUCGGGGAGACGGAUUUCACCAACAAUGAAGUCCUGUGUGAUGUAAUGUUGACCUACAGAGUACGCAUUCAAAACUGCCGAUACGCUGAUGACUCAUAACCUUCUAAGCGACACUUCUUGACCAGAAUGGACCAAAGCAUAUCACCAAACAAUCAAUCAAUCAGCUGAACUGAAUCAAGCAACCUGAUUAUUAUUGUAAUACUAUGGAGGCUGUAAAUACCAAAUCAUAAAUCUGCUAUAUCCUCGCUUUUUGUAUCAUCAAAAAUAUGUACAGUGUAGAAAUAUUGUAAAAAUGUUUUAAUCUUGCUACUGUAAAAAUGAAGGUAUGGAUAUUGAUUCGUUGCCGUCUGUGCAUAGAGCCGAUUUGUUGAUAUUCAGUAGAUCAUAUACAGCAUAUAUAUAUAAAACACACCCCAACAAAAUGCAUACCCCGGCCUAGCAAAGUUAUAUUACUUUAUUCCGUAACUUGGCAUGAUCAAAUCAAUGAGGAUAUCGAUCAGUGAAAUGUUCAAAUUCAAUUCAUUUUUUUUUUUUUUUUUUGUUAACGUAAGUUUGUCAUAUUGACAUCGAUUAUUUAGAUUAUUUGACUUAUCAUGGCCGAAUACGUUUGCUGAAUAAGCUGUGCAUCAUUUCCAAUCCUAUAUUACAUUAGAAUUCUAUACACCAUGGGCUAUCACCCCGGACAGAAACGCCGUAUAUUUUUCUAAGGAUGCAGUUGUCUGGGGAGUAUUUCCUGUAGGCAAUAGUAAUGUUUUAAAUGUAUAGGGUAGUUGCCCGAGUAGUUGUCCAGACAGUGGGCGGUUGUCAUAAUAGAUAAAUCUUCUAGGUGGAUGGUUGUCUGUGACAGUACUCCAGGAGUCUUCUUUCGGUUGUUGUUACAUAAUAUCUACCUCGCACCUUUCACAAUUGGCUUGAUUCCUCUUGACCUGGACUUAUGAACUCGAUACUACUUUGGGAAGCAAAACUAUAUCGUUUUAUUUUUCAAAGUAAAUUGUUUUCUUGGUUUUGUGAACAUGUGUUACAAACCCUGUUCUUGCAUUUCAUUGCCAUAUUUGCCACUAGAUUGUUGAGUUUUCCCGAACAAAGAAUAUUGUAUAUUUAACAGAA